AUGCGCAUCUUUCGCCCCGCUCUCGUUACAGUGCACAAGCCUACUACGACUAUCGACACAACGUUCGUCGUUCCAAACGAGCGUAUGCAGCUCAUGCACACGAACAUUGGAACCGCCGGCCAUAUGACCCGGUCAGCACUUCACCGAGCCGAUCCUUUGCUUCUGGUCCUAUGCUUCAAGUUUAUCCAUGGCGGUUACCUGUGGCCGCCAGUGACUCGCUCGGGAUGCUCCGACACACGUGCGACUCAAGGGAACUGGGGAAAGGCCAGAGCGCAUCAGCCGCUGCUCAAAGGAAAAGGAGAAUCGAAGCGCUGGCCUUUCUAUUCUAGCGGCCCGGGCACUCCCCCGGACCAUCCCCCGUAUCCUCAUACCCGAGCUCCUCCGACGCCAAAGCCGGUCAGACCCCUCUCGAGACACGCAAGUGGUGGACGAGAUCCCCCAUCCGUCUCCCUUCCAAUUGAACCCGCAACCGACGAUGUGCGCUCCUCGAUCCCAAAUUCCACCGCAGUGACCGGCCUAGUUCAGGAGCUUGUCCCCGGUACCAGUUAUCACCCUCGUCGUGUCCUCCUGCUCGACAACGGGAAAGCGGUCGUCGUCCUUCUAUCAACGGUACUCUUCCCCUGUUGCAAUUGCAAGCCCGCGUUUUGCCAUCCUACAAUUCCGCUACAAUCCAUGUUUGGCACUGAACUGCUCUACGACGAGGACUCAGGCCUAUCGUAA